AUGAACGUCGGCCGUCGGUGGGGUGAUGUGCAAGACACCUUUGGUGGCAAGUGGUUGCCUCUCGUUGACUUAUACGAUCGCACUGUUACAGAUAUGGUGUGGGUGCGUAGAGAUGGAUUCCCUGCAUUCACGGAUGCGCUGGCCAGAGUCUUCGCGGGGGGCGGACAUGAGGGGGCGACCCCGGAACCCCCGGAAUCGAGCGAUCCUAAACUGCUGAUCGACUCGGGCAGUAUGGAGGUUGAGGUGGAACCUGGCUCUAUGAGCUACGAUGAAGAUGAAGACGCAAGCGACGUCGACUCCCUGAAUACGGAUGAGCUCUCUGAUAACCUUCCGAAUGAAGAUGAGAUGGUCGAUGUCGCUGCAGCGGUCAUGGAUAGCCGGAAGUCCGUCUAUCUUAGUAUCGGCGCGACCAAGUUUCUCGAGGAGGUUGAAGAAGCCCAGGCGAGAGACGACGAGAGCAGAUAUUUAGGGGUACGGCUAUCCCGGGUGCGGCAGUAUCUAUCCGACGGUCACCUCGACAACGACGACAAAGUCACGGCAGAGCGCAUCAAGAGAAUCGCGGAGCGUUUUGUGCUACAUGAGGGCAUCAUAUUUUAUCGGGGUAGGCCUGGUUUGAAGCUCUUUGUUCCGAGAGCUAAGACGAGAGAGUUGGCUUCGACGAA